UCCGGUCGUGUCUAUGGGUACGCUGCCAUUUUGAAACGUUUCAGCCGGCAGUGCUUUUUGUUCGUGUGGAGCGCUUGCUCGUUGUGAAGCGUAAUUGUGAUUUAGCCAAGUAGUUUUAUUUUUAAUUGAACUCUAUCAAAAUGAGCUGGCAAGAUUAUGUCGAUAAACAGUUAAUGGCAUCCAGAUGUGUAACCAAAGCUGCGAUUGCCGGUCACGAUGGAAAUGUGUGGGCCAAGUCAGAAGGUUUCGAAAUAUCAAAAGAUGAAGUUGCGAAGAUAGUGGCUGGAUUUGAAAAUGAAUCACUCCUUACAAGUGGUGGAGUGACGAUAGCGGGUACACGGUACAUCUACCUCAGUGGUACAGAUCGCAUCAUACGCGCAAAACUCGGCAAAGUCGGCGUACACUGCAUGAAGACGCAACAAGCUGUCGUCAUCUCUUUGUAUGAAGAACCCAUCCAACCCCAGCAAGCAGCAUCCGUAGUGGAGAAGUUAGGAGACUAUUUAAUUACCUGUGGUUAUUAGAGAUCGAAGCGCGCCGUGAUCUAAGAAUACUAUAAGAUAAUAUUUUUCCACAGGGAAAUAAGUAACUGCAUUUUGUAUAUUCUAUAAAGUGAUAAGGACCGUUCAUUUGUUUUGAUAUUGAUAAAUUAUGGCGUCAUCAGUGUCUGAUGCGUUUAGUAACUGUGCAGAUACAAUUACUUUGCGGAUCCUGGACCCAUUUUUUAUACCGCUCACCGCUUCCACAGAGUGAUUGUUACUGUAAUCUGGAUUAAAAUUGUAUUUUAAAAUUUGCUUUCCUGGACCCGUAUAGUAAAGCAUAAUUCGGCUUUGCGAGCAGGUCUCAAAGCAUGAUGUAUAGAGAUUUUUUUAGGUUUUCUCAUCAAGCAUCCUGGUACGUGUUGAAUCAAAUUAUAAUGAAAUAUUUUUACUGAUUCCUAUUUAUAUCAAUCACCUCAUCUCGACAUACGGAUGCUUGAUUAGAAGUAUAAUAACCACGUAAUGAAAUUACUGUAACAAUAUUAUACGACCUUUAUAUAUAUUAUUACAAAAUAAGCAUUUGUGUAAGGGCUUGUUACAAAUGAAAGACACUGUAACCCAAGUAUUACAAUUUAAUUAAAAUCUCUAGUCCCACUGGAACCAUCGUGUGAGCAUCGUCUGCCGAAACACCAGCGAGCGGCACUGAGCGUGCGUGUACGCACUCGCUGAUUCAUAUUUCUGCUAUGCUUUAUUUUAUUGCGUCGCAUUUAUAAUAUUGUGUAGUGAAAAUAAACAUUUUGCAUUCUGUUCUUAUAUUGUCUUAACUGCAGAAACUAGAAGCGCUCAAUUAUCCUGUAUCCCUGAAACAAGGCUUGCAGUAAACGAAGGGUGCAUAUUGUUUAUAUUUGAUAUUACUACUAUAGCUUUGUACAUUGUUUCUGAUAAGCGAUGGGAACUGUGUCUAUCUAAUAAUAAAAUGAUUUGUA